AUGGCACAGCCCUUUCCUGCCUGUGAGCGCCGGGCCUGGGAUUCCGCACGCAAGGCGCGGGAGCCCAAGAUGCCGUCAGCCCCGAGCUCAGCCGACUCUGUGCCCUGGCAUCUCCCUUUCUACCCUUCCCUGUGCGAGCUCUCCUGGGACGGCCCAGACUUCGACUGGGAAAUGCUUUCCAGUCCCUGCGGGAUUCUGCGCUGGGACUGUUCGCGAAACGGACACCUUGCUGGAGGCCGGAGUCCCUCGCGGCGGGACGCAGAGCCACCUGCCCUGGACCCGAGGCCUGAGACCCACCCAGACCCAGAGGCGCCCCCAGGAGAGGCGGCUGCCGCCUCCGCAGCCUCCCACGGCAGGUGGCACGGCUUCCUGGACCGACGAGCAGAGCCCGAGGACGCUGACGGCGGGGAACCAACGGAGCGUCGCCCGGCUCCUGCCCCCGGGAGCCACUGCAGGUCCCAAGGCUGGUGGCAGCGGAUCCGACGCGCGGUGGCCCGGAAAACCCAAGGCUGCUGA